UACCUGACGCACGUGACCUUUGGCCCUUGACAUCUCCUCGUGCAUGCUCUUCCUCUUGAACUCCUGUAGAUUGUCAAAGUAGUCGUCCACGUCACGUUCAUCCUGGGUGAAAAGCGUGUCGAGAACUAUUUUCCUUCCGCAGAUGUCAAUGGCGGUGCUGAAAUACUUUUCCAGCUUCCUACACGGAGUGUCCAAGUCCUUCUGUUCGUCAUCCCAGGAAGACUUCCGACUCGGAAAGAGCAAGUCCCAAAUGUUGCCAGCUUCGAACUCCGACAAAUCGGGAAAGCAAGCAGCCAACACAUCGCCAAUACAUGUUAACUGUUGAUGAAUGUGUUUUAAGUCGUUCACUGAGAAGAGUCCGGCCCAGCUUGUUUGGUUUUGGUCUCCGACAUUAAGUUCGGCUUUCCGUCUCUGUCGCUGUAAUGUCCUAUUGUGACAGGUGACUGCGAAUUUACACUCGGUGACGUUCCACUGUACGAUAAAACCUAACUUAAACGCCUCCGGUUCUUCGAAUAUGUUACUUUUAACGGCGACCCAGCCUUCUAGGCUAUCUAGACGCUCACAUUCGACGUUAUUCAUGUUGAAAAGAGAUGUGUUACACGGGCCUCUCUCAAUGCUGCAGCUGUGUUUAUGUCCGCCAUUUGUGUGACGCAAGAUGCAUUCAGGGAACAGACGGAAUCAUGGACAUUUAACAACUAACCGCUCAAUCAAAAUAAUGAUAGUAUAAAUACGAUAAUAUUCUAUUUUGAUUAAGUUUUAGGAUAGUCAUUUGUGAAAUUUGACAUACAUAAUUUUCCAGGAAUGCUGCAAGUAUUUUUGAACAUUCACCGAAUACUGAAAACAACCUGAAUGGCUUACAGGUAUGUUCAAUCAACUGAUAUGAGAAUAUAUAUGCCUACUUCUUAAAUGCUACAGCUCUUAAUAUACAUACAUAUACAUAUACAAUAAAAGUCAAAUACAAGAAUCUGUACAGAGGCCAUUUAGACAUAAUUCUGGGCGUUACGAGGGACUAUGAAGGCACCAUAUUACUGUCUUCAACUUUGCUCUUUGAAUCAUAAUUUCACGAAUUUCUCUAUGUCGGACAUCAGAAACUAAGUCACAGUCUUAAAUCAAACUUGAAUCUCCGAUUUGUGCUGCGACUACAUAUUUAUUCGACAGCUUCUGCCUGAGAGCUGCUCUCUUACUCACAAUUAACCCACACAACUGUUGGCCUGUAAUGGUUGAGUAGAAGCAGAUUCAUUCAGUCAUCCCAAUGGACCUGUAUGACAUUACAGGAGAUAGACUGGAUGUGAUUGCAGAGGAAGCUGACCUCCAGAACAAAAGCAUGAGCACCUCUCAGCGGUCCACAGGAGCAGAGGGUGAGCUCAACAGCACAAGGAAUCAGUUGCAAGAGAAGUUGGCUGAGAUGGAAAAUUUUGCAGGACACCUGGAGGAAAUAUUCCUUACUGUGGAGGAGAAUUUCGGCCGUCGGGAGCAGCACUUGGAGCAUCAUUAUAAUGACGUGCUUCAGACUUUAUCACAACGCUAUGACGAGCGUGCUGCCGGACUGGAGGACGAGAAGAAGAGCAAGCUGGAGACUCUGUACACUCAGCUGCUUGCUUGUGGCAACGCUCUGGAUGCCUCAAAGGAGCUCAUUGAGGAAGCCAAGAAGGUCUACCGCAGCCAGGACAAAAGGCUUUUUCUCAAGGCAGUUGUUCCCACCAUUAAAAGAAUCGAGGAUUUCUCCAAAGAGGAGAUGGAUCUCACGUUGUCUACACGUCUUGAAUUUGACACACCUCUUGCUGAUCUGUCGGAUGUCAAAAGCAUGAUGGACUCCAUCAAUAUUGUUCCAGCUCCAUCCGCCCCAGUUAUCAACCCCCAAAUGGCCAACUCGGCUAGCCAGACAUCACUGCGUGCGUGCUGGAGUUUGUUCUCUGAUGACACAGUGGAGUUCUAUGAGCUGUACUACAGACCUGUGCUGCAAGACACACCUAUGGACAGUAACACUGCACCACAUGUAAUCAAACUGAAAGUGAAAGAGACUCAGUGCACUGUGAGGGAUCUUCUACCCGGUGCCCAAUAUGAGCUGUGGGUGACAGCUACCAACACAACAGGCAUCAGCCCGGUCAGUGAGAAGGCUUUAUAUAUGACAGUUCCAUCACCUCCAGUCAUCAAGCAGAGGGAGUGUUGCAGCUGUCCAGAAGCCGCUCUCAUUCGCUGGGAGUCAGGAAACCCUGAUCCUGUUGACUCCUACACUGUGGAUAUUAUUCAGUUGGGACCUGAUGGCACUGAGGAGGGGAUCACAGAGUCUGUAGUAGCAGUGCCCACAUGUCAGUGUCUGAUCCAACUUCAAGGAGGUCACCGUUACCUCAUCUCUGUGAGAGCCAUCAACAUUGGUGGGCCCAGUGAGAAGAGUGAAGUCAUAACAAUCUCUACUACUGGCACUUUUUUCCAUCUCCUGGAGGACACUGCCCAUCCAUGCCUGUCCUUCUCUGAAGAUGGUUUCACUAUAUUUUAUGGAGAUGAGGAACUGCCAAUAAGUGCUAUGGGUUUAGAUGAUAACAACUUUACCAGUUGUGCGGCGGUCCUCGGGGAUCUGAUUCCGGUGCGAGGCAGGCAUUACUGGGAAGUGGAAGUCGAUGAUGGGACUCAGUUUCGGAUUGGAGUUGCUUAUGAGGACACGGAGAGAAAUUCCUACCUGGGCGGCAACACCACCUCCUGGUGUAUGAGACACAUCCUCACUCCAUCCAGGCACAAGUACGAGUUCCUGCACAAUGGCUGGAGCCCAGACCUCAGGAUCACAGUGAACCCAGUCCGAAUAGGGCUGGCUUUGGACUAUGAAAGGGGCACCCUGUCCUUUUUUAACGUGGAUCUGGAACAACACCUGCACACCUUCCAGUGUCACUUCCAGCGUUACGUCCACCCUUGUUUUGGCCUAGACAAUCCAGGAGCUCUGACCAUCCACAAUGGAAUAGAGGCCCCCAAAUAUGCAUUCACGGGGCAUCCUUAAUAUCAUCUAUUGAAACAAGUGUCGAGACAAUGAGGGGAUCUUAAGUGGUUUUAAUAUAGUAUUCCAUGGGAACAGGCAUUCACCAUUUUCCAGGAGAAGAAAAGGCUUUCACAUGUGGUUAUACCAUUACUAACUGCUCUGCAUUAAAUUUAAAACAUGGGGCUCAUUUUUGAUAAAUAAUAUUUUACCAUUUCCAUUUAACACCUGUAUUCAGAUAUUAAAAUUGAAAAAUUCACCAACUAUACUUAAUUGGCAACCAGUGAGGCUUCCUCUGAUUUGAGAGAAAAAAUGUUCUGAAGGUAAACAAAGGCUGAUUAUUUUUUCAUGAAUAGUUGUGCAGUGUUCAUGUAGUGUAUACUACUGUAUUUCCAUUUGUUGUAUAUGUAAAAGUAAUGCAUUACAUGCCUUAAGGAAUAAGGGAGAUGUCCUCAUUGAUGGGAAAAAAAAUCAGAUUGUCAAGUGGGGCUAAACAAAAACUUGUGGUAAAACAAAAAACUACUAGAUGCAACAAGUGUUUUUCUGAAAAAU